UUCAAAAUUUCAAAUGUACUUCUCUUCCCAUGCAAAAUGUUGUCCAAAGAGCAUACUAGUUAAUCGCCCAUUUGGCAUUGAAACUGUAGGAAAAUAACAUUUCCAGUCCUUACCAUUACAUAAUCUCAAACUUUGGCGAGUAAACUCUAUGCACAGAAAAGGAAAAUAGAACAUCAGCUUCAGAACCGUCUUUAUCCUAUCCAGACACGUAGUUAAACGGAUGGGAAUAGAAUCAACGGAUUCACUUCAAGGAUGAUCAAGUCAUUGAUGUAACUUAGAGAUGAACUAUUCAUCUAUGUAAGAACUCUUUUCUCUUGAAAUAUAUUCUUGGUUAAAGAAACAUUUUAGCUUUUUUGUCUAAAAAAAGUCAUGGCUUUAGCCUCUCUCAAUCAUGUCUUGAAGCUUUUGAUCAUUGUGCUCCUUAAGAACCUUACUUCAGCUCAAUUUCCUGAUUAUUACACGGCAAAAAUCCCUACAACAUGGAUUAACAAUAAUGUUUCAGUUGUCAAUGUUACAAAGCCCUUGACAUACCCUUAUUACUCAUUCAAUCAAUCUUUUGGACCUUUCAUGCGAAUUCUGAUGCUCAAAGAGAUAGAGAAGGACAUGGCUUAUGCUUGUGGUUUUGCUUCAAACGGAGAAGAUGAUUCCUUUGUAUUCUCCAUAGGAAUUGUACGUCUUCGUCAGGACUCUGUAGGAAUCCGGCGCUGGUCUGACCUUGAACUAGUCUGGUUUGCAAAAAGAAACCAUCCAAUUCGCGAAAAUGGGACGCUGCAAUUGCUGCAAGAUGGAGAUUUAGUGUUAAAAGAUGUGGAUGGAACUCUUGUGUGGUCUACAAGCACGGCGAAUAAGUUCGUCUCGGGCAUUAAGAUGAUGGAGACUGGAAACCUUGUGCUUCAUGACAUGUAUAAUCAGACUGUGUGGCAGUCUUUUGAUCAUCCAACAGAUACACUGCUUCCUGGCCAGAAAUUAAGGGCUGGUCAAAGACUUGUUGCUAGAGUUUCUUCAUCCAAUUGGACUGAAGGUAACUUCUUUCUCUCUGUAACCAAUCAAGGCUUGUUUGCAUUUUACAUAUCGAACAAGCCACAUAUGUAUUUCAAGUUUUUGGCCACUGGAGAAAGGGAUAGCUUUAAUGAAAGUUAUGUAAAAGCAGUGAAUGGUACUCUUGCCUUGUACAUAUCCUCAACUGAGCCAAAUGAGCCAAAUGCUGUGUUCUCAAGACCUUCUAGGAUGAAAUUUUUGAGAUAUGAUUAUGAUGGACAUUUACGAUCAUACGCUGAGGGAAGUGAUCAGCAAACCGAUAUUUUGGCAGAUUUCAUCGGUGUUUGUGAUUACCCUAUAGCGUGUGGAAGUUUGGAGCUUUGCUCAAAUGGAUUUUGUUCUUGUCCUGGUCCAUUCAAACAAAGUAAUGAUCGACAAAGCAAUGGAUGCGUGGAAGUAAGUCCUGUGGAAUGCAAUGGACGACGUUCCCACAAAAUGAUGCGUGUUUUGGACGUCUAUUACUUUAACUAUGUUGACAUUGAAGCAGCAGCUCUGAGAGGAACAGAUGUGGAAAGCUGCCAAGAGUUGUGCAUGAGGAACUGCUCUUGUAAAGUAAUUCUCUUCCAUUAUUUCACAAACUUUUCGAGGGGUGACUGCUUUUUACCCUCCCCUGUACUGACACUUAUCAAUGAUGCAAAGAAAAGAAGUGGCUAUGAGUCAUCUGCAUUCAUCAAAAUUCCAAAUGACACAGAAAAAGAUACAGACUCUUUAGCUGCAAGAAGAAUUGGAAUUAUAGCUGGAUCAACUGGUGGAGCAUUUCUUCUAAUAGCAAUAUGUGUUAGCAUCUUGAUUGCUUUCAAGAGAAAGCAAACAUUACAAGAAAAUAAUGAUGAUUACUCGGACGAGAUAUCUGGCACUUUGAGAUUUUCUUAUGAACAGCUGAAGGUGGCAACAGGGAAUUUCCAGCAAAAGCUUGGUCAGGGAGGCUUUGGCUCAGUUUAUGAAGGAGUUCUUCAAGAUGGUCAGAAAGUAGCCGUGAAAGUUCUUGACGGUUUUGGACAAGGGAAAAGAGAAUUUUUGGCAGAGGUCCAAACCAUAGGAAGCAUACAUCAUGUUAAUCUUGUUAGACUAAUUGGAGUUUGUGCUGAGAAAGAGCACAAGCUAUUAGUUUAUGAUUUCAUGAGUAAUGGAUCAUUGGAUAAAUGGAUUUUUGACAUAGGCUCUACACAGUUUACCUUUAAUUGGCAAAUAAGAAAGAGCAUUAUCCAUGAUAUAGCAAAAGGAUUGGCUUAUCUUCAUGAAGAAUGCAGGCAAAGAAUAGUCCACUUAGAUGUUAAGCCGCAGAACAUUCUGCUGGAUGACAAGUUUUGUGCAAAGGUAUCUGAUUUUGGCCUGGCCAAAUUGGUGGAUAAAGAUCAGAGCAGGAUAGUGACAAGAAUUAGGGGAACUCCCGGAUACUUGGCUCCUGAAUGGUUUAGCGCGUUCAUUACAGAAAAAGCAGAUGUCUACAGCUUUGGAGUUGUUGCGAUGGAGAUCCUCUGUGGGCGUAAGAAUGUGGACUAUUCACAUUCACUGGAACAUCCACAUUUGCUUAGCCUGUUUAUGGAAAAGGCUGAAAACAAUCUGCUGAUCGAUAUGAUCGGAAACUACAACGAUGAUCUGCAGUGCAAUACAUCAGAAGUUGUCCGUAUGAUGAAGCUUGCUGUGUGGUGCUUACAAAGUGAUUUUACUCUGAGGCCUUCCAUGUCCAUGGUGGUUAAAGUAAUAGAGGGGACAAUGGAUAUUGAAACUCAGUUAGACUAUAGUGUUCCAAAUUCACGAACAAUUGCAGCUAUCAAAAGAGUGGCAGACACUACAACUACCUUGUUUCCUUCAAUUCUUUCAGGACCUAGGUAAGGAUCUCUAAGCAUGAUCAAGCUGAAACAUAGCAAAAAUCCUCCCUCCUCAAUCCUUUUCUUGUUUGAUCCCUAUGACCAUCAUUCUUACGUAGCUUAUUUAUUGGUUUCAUUUGUUUUA